CCAAACACAAACAUUAACAUACAUUGCGCCAAAAUGAAGACACCUUUCUUAUUCCUUUCUGCCAUUAUAUUCUCCGUCCUACUUUGCGAAGCAAGCAAGUCUCCAGACCCGGUGCUUGACAUCAACGGCAAAAUCCUCCGUACUAAUACCAAGUACUAUAUCGUACCACUACAUGAUCUCGUAGGUGGCGGGCUCGACCUAGCUUUGUCAAGACCAAGAGGAGAUACUUGCCCACAGAGUGUGGUCCAAGAUAAAGUUAACAAGUCAGGUUUGGCAGUUCAAUUCUACCCUGUAAAUUCGAAAAAAGGCGUGAUUCGUGAAUCAACAGAUCUCAACAUCGCAUUUCCUGAUGCACACGCAAAAUGUCUUAAAUCCAAUAUUUGGACAAUAGAGGGCGAUGUCUCAUGGUAUGACGAUACUCAAUACAUAACAGCAGGGGGACAAAUAGGAAACCCCGGUGAACAAACACUAGUCAACUGGUUUAAGAUUGUGAAAACACCAAAUGCCUACAAGCUGAGGUUUUGCCCAGAUGUGUGCAGUUCCUGCGAUUUUGUGUGCCAAGACGUUAGCGUUGAAGACUUACAAGGAAAGAAGCUUUUAGUUCUGUCGAAUCCCCCUCUAGAAAUCGCCUUUAGGGAGGCAUAAUAAAUCACUAAAAAAUAUGUACUUCCACUUUAUUGAAA